AUGAGCACGAUUGCUAAGUACUCUUCUAUUUUCGUAGAGGGUGCUACCACUUCUGUGAAGGCUGGAGCCAACCUCUGCUAUGCUGCUUUCAUUAUGAUGGUCUUGUCCGCUGUGGGUAUGAUCAUCUCUCAGGUGAUUGAGCAAAACUUUACCUCCUGCUCUUUCAAGGACUUGAUGGAUUACGUACCUAACUGUCUACAGGAGUAUUUGGAGAACUCUUCUUCUGGAGCUGGUUUCCGCGUGAUUCUCCGUCUUUUCGAUGCGCUUGCUUCUCUGCUUCUCAUUGCUGUUGGUAAUUGUCUUGAGAACGUGUUCCGCGGCUCUGUGAUGUCUCGUGUGCUGAACGGCACUCUGCAUCUGGCCGCUCUGCUCGUCGUGUUCGAGGUGUGCUUCACUUCGGGUCUGUCCAUCCAGCAGCGCGACUUCUACAAGCGCUGGAAGUACCAGAACUACAUGCCUCAGAUCGUGGCCACCGGUAUCAUGAUCGAUCACAGCUUCGAUAUGAUCUGGACGCUGGAUAACCUUCUGUACACCUAUUUCUUGCUGAUCCUCGGCUUCCUGACUUCGGAGCACGACAAGUUCUCUCGUGGAUACACGAUCACCGCGUAUGUGGGCUUCUGGACCGGAAUUCUGUCCUUCCUGGGCAAUAUCAUUCGACUGGGAGCGUCCAGCAAAGGCUUCGCCAAUUUCUGCACGUUCCUGGAGUAUGGAGGCAACUUGGUCAUGCAGCUGACUCUGCUUGUGAUUAUUGUGUGGACUGGAAGAGCGCUGGCUGGAAUGGAGGGAGAUCUGAUUGGCAAGAGAGGCCGCAAGGGCAAGAAGGGCCGCAAGGGCAAGAAGGGCAGGAAGAACAACGUCUAAGGGGGUGUUCGCUUGCUGAUUGAUUGAUUGAUUGAUUGAUCUCUUACUAAUUCUCGUAAGAGAAA